AUGUUUUACCACUAAGAAUAAAAUAUGUUAUGAAUACGGAUAGCAAAAUAGAGAAGUUAUCUCUCAUAUAUCCUUCUAUAGAGAAAUCUACACUUUUAGAGCUUUUAUUGGCAUGUAAUGGAUCCCAAAAAGGGACAGAGAAUCUCAUCAAUGAGUCUUUGCCACCAUCCCAACAACCCAAAAGAAGAAAAGCAGAGGGUCCAUUAUAUCAGUCAUCAUUAAGUAGUAUCAUUCUGAGCGAUAAUGACCAACAGAAUUCAGUCAAAAGACGUCACUUGAAUUCUGAUUAUGCAACUACAAAGACAAUGAAGCGAACCUCUUCGCGGGCAUUACUUUUGUACCAACCAGAAGAUGUCAAACGACACCUUCAUCCAUACGUGUCUUUACAUAGGCCUUUCCUCUCACCAGAUCUAUCCAAUAGACUACUUCAACAUCUAUGUAAAAAUAUUAAACCGCAAUUAAAAGCCAACGAAUUCUACCUAUUCGGGCAGUUGUGCAAGUCAGAACACGAACUGGGGAUGUUUUCUAGAAGUAAUGACCCAGAGGCUGAGAAUUUGAUUUAUAAUGGGAAAAAUGUAUCUACCAAGACUUAUACAGAUAUUUUGGAGGAAGUGUCCAAAGUUGCUGAAGAUUUCAUUAAUGAAAAGAUAAUUCCUCAACAGAACCAGGUACUUCCAUUCCAACAAGUAGACUCUAAAAGAGAAUGGAAAGCUGAAAAAUGCGUCAUAAAUUAUUAUAAAAAUUCUGCGAAUCAUUUAGAUUGGCAUUCAGACAGAUUAAAUCAUAUGGGACCACAUAAUUAUAUUGUUUCAAUAUCAGUUGGAGCAACAAGAGAAUUCAGAGUUCGAAGAAAUUAUGAUAAUAUUGAAGACUCCAAGAAUCCUUCACCUAUAUACUCAAUUGUGGUCCCCCACAACAGUGUACUUAUUAUGCAUCCAGGAUGCCAAGAAGAGUACAAGCAUUGUGUAAACACCAUGUCUGGACCGUUAGAAGUGCACAAUAUAUCUGGAACGGGACGUUUUAAUUUAACCUUCCGGUAUUUCCCACUGUAUUAUACCAAGAAUGUUCCUAAAUGUAAAUGUAAUAUGAAUAUGAGUCUUCGGAGAGCAUACAAGGAUGUACGAACUCGUGGAAAAUACUUUUGGACAUGCGAAGGUAAAUACCAAGAGAAGGACUGUGGUGCAUUUCACUGGGCAGAUUUUACAAAUAUUUCUGGUAAUUAUAUCAGUGAAAAUGAAGCUGAUUCCUCGGAGUGGAUUGCAGAUGAUGAUUAUACGAAACAAAAUUAUGGCAUUGAAGACAAACAUACAUAAGAUAAUAUUUUUUCGUGAAAAUUAUUGAACUACAAAAUAAC